AAAAUAUAUUAUUUUCUCAUUCUUUUUUUCUUUUUCUUUUUCUUUGAAUAGUUUAAAUUUACUUACAUUCCUUUUCCAUUAAAUUGAUUUAUUAAAAGCUUUAAAAAGAAAACUAAAAUUAUUUAUAAUCGUCAGCAUAAAUGUUAAUCAAUACAUUAAUAAAAUUAUCUGCUUUAUUCUUUAGUUCUUUAUUCAUUGUUGAAGCUCAAAUCGUAACGAACUUGGGAAGUUGUAGUGCAUAUCCCCCAAACGCGAUUUGUUCUGACUAUAUUGAUUAUAGUGCAUUUAUAUCAAAUAAUGCUAGCAUAACAACAGUGGAAGCAGAAUUAGCACGUCCAUUAAACGGAUUAGGCGAAUUAGUAAAGGAUAUCAGUCCCGUCUGCUUUGAUGCCUUUGCAAGGUAUGAAUGUUCAAAGGCGUAUCCUAAAUGUGUAGCAGAUAAUAAUUCAACCAAAACUAUUCAUAUUAAAGUAGCAUGUAGUUCUGCUUGUAAAGAUGUUCAAGUUGCAUGUACAAAUAUAUUGGAAAUGGCUGGCUAUUUACAACUUUUGCCUAAUUGUUUUAAUGAAACUAUUACAAGUCUAAAUAGACAUCUUCAAACAGAUGAUGCGUGUAACAAAAUACCUACAAAAUUGACUGAUAAUGAAAUUAAAAAUGGGAAAUUGAAUAUUUCAGCUAUUUCAAACGAUUUUAUCAUAGCAAAGUGUCCUUCUCCUUUUUUACCUGAUCCACUUGCUCUUUCAGGAACAACAAACACAUUGGAUACAAAAUAUUGUCGACAUGGUUGUUGUAUUCCAUGUCCUGCUCAAAAUUACUUUUAUAAAGAAAAUGCAUCUGAAAGAGCCUUCUUGGCUACAGAUAUAAUACGAUUCAUAUCAGCCAUUCUUUCUCUUGUUCUUGUUAUUAGUUAUUGUGUUUUGCCUGAUAAAAGAAGGCACCCUUCCCUAUUAAUUCUCAAUCUAUCAAUUGCUAUCUUUUUUUUCAACAUGAGCGUCUUUUUUUCAAUUGCUAAUCCUAAACGACUCCAAUGUGCAGCUAAUGGAAUAUCACCUGGAGAAAUUGGUAGCAAUAGCUUAUGUGCUGCACAAGGCGCCAUAUUAAUCUUUGGUUCCUUUGCUACCAUUUUAUGGUGUGCUGCACUCAUUCUCAACUUACAUGUCCAUACUGUCUGGAAUUCCAACAUCUUUGCAAACAAAUAUAUUUUUCUUAAUAUUAUUUGUUGGGGUAUUCCUGCUACUAUCAUGGUCAUUGCUAUCGCCCUUCAUGCAAUUAAAUUCGAGUUUGCAAAUCUUUGUCUCGUUUCAAUGAACUAUAUCUUCCCCUUAUUUUUUUAUCCAUUAGCAGCCAUUGUCUGUCCUAGUUUCUUGGUUCAUAUUGCAACCUUUUUUUAUAUUGCAAGGAUUGCAGUACGUGAGGGGCUCGAAUCAGACAUGACACAGUCUUUAUCUACAGGGUCUAUUACUGAUCAGCGUGCUAUGCCUACUGUAAGUCGUAGGCAUGUCUUUGUAGCCGUUAAAAUCCAAUGGCGUGCUUUAUUAUUAGCAGUGAUAGCCAUUGUCACUGUUCUUUUCUAUUGGCUAUUCUAUAUGACACAAAUGAAUCGUAUGACAGAUUUACAAAGCAAUCCUGCACUUACUUCAGAAUGGCUAGAAUGCAUGUUAAUACCAGGAAAUACACAAAACAUGUGUGCAGAUCUCAUUCGUACUCAUUUACCACCCUUCCCAUUAAUUGUCAUUGCUGAAACGUUGGUGAGUACAAUUGGUAUUUGGCUAUUUAUCAUGUUUGGUAAACGGUCACUCUGGCGUGAAUGGAACGAUUUAAUCUACGAUAUUCGUAUUUCUUUAAGUAGACGUGGUAGAGCAGAAAAAAGUGGAGAACAAUUCUUUGCUCUUUAAUUAUUAUAUUAAAAAAAAAAAAAAGAA